AUGGCACCGCACGCCGAAGCAGACGCGGGGGCCGCGUACGGGAAUGGACACUCGAACGGUACCGACAACUCGGCUUCAUCGCCAUCCAGUAAUCUCUUCACGGUCAGCUCUCCCAACGUGACCUACACCGACAAUGAGAUCCUAUCCAAGUAUACCUACCGGACCACCAGCGUCACCCAGGAUGCUGCCGGCAAAUAUGUAGCUACGCCUAAGGAGACAGCCUAUGAUUUCAAAGUUGACCGCAAGGUCCCCAAGGUUGGUAUGAUGCUUGUUGGUUGGGGUGGAAACAACGGCACCACCGUGACCGCCGGCAUCAUCGCCAAUCGCCGGGGCCUAGUCUGGGAGACCCGCGAGGGUCCUCGUGCAGCCAACUACUACGGGUCCGUCAUCAUGGGCUCUACCAUGAAGCUCGGUACGGAUCCCAUCACCAAGCAAGAAGUCAACAUCCCAUUCCACGACGUCCUUCCCAUGGUCCAUCCCAACGAUCUCGUCAUCGGCGGGUGGGAUAUCAGCAGCAUGAACCUCGCAGACGCUAUGGACCGUGCUGCCGUGCUCGAACCUACUUUGAAGGCGCAGGUCAAGAAGGAGUUGGCCCAGAUGGUUCCUCUCCCUAGUAUCUACUACCCCGACUUCAUUGCCGCCAACCAGGAGGACCGAGCCGACAAUCUCAUUCCCGGGAGCAAGGCCUCUACGACUCACGUCGAGAAGAUCCGCCAGGAUAUCCGCGAUUUCAAGCAGCAAAACGGCCUGGACAAGGUCAUCGUGCAAUGGACCGCGAACACGGAGCGCUACGCCGACAUCAUCCCCGGCAUCAACGACACGGCAGACAACCUGCUCCAAGCCAUCGAGCAAGGACACGAAGAGAUCUCCCCCUCGACCAUCUUCGCCGUAGCCUGCAUCCUCGAAUCGACGCCCUUCAUCAACGGGUCUCCGCAGAACACAUUCGUCCCGGGCGCCAUCGACCUGGCCUCCCGCCACGACGCCUUCAUCGGCGGCGACGACUUCAAGUCCGGCCAGACCAAGAUGAAAUCCGCCCUCGUCGACUUCCUCAUCAACGCCGGCAUCAAGCUGACCUCCAUUGCGAGCUACAACCACCUCGGCAACAACGACGGCAAGAACUUGAGCUCUCAGCGCCAGUUCCGGUCCAAGGAGAUUUCCAAGAGCAACGUCGUCGACGAUAUGGUCGAGGCGAAUUCGGUCUUGUAUAAGAAGGGCGAACAUCCCGAUCACACUGUUGUCAUUAAAUAUAUGCCUGCCGUCGGCGACAACAAGCGUGCGCUAGACGAGUACUACGCCGAGAUUUUCAUGGGCGGACACCAGACCAUUUCCAUCUUCAACGUCUGCGAAGACUCCCUCCUCGCCUCGCCCUUAAUCAUCGACCUAGUGAUCGUAGCCGAGAUGAUGACGCGCAUCAGCUGGAAGCUCUCCGCGCAGCCCGCCUCCGAGUUCAAGGGCUUCCACAGCGUCCUCAGCAUCCUGAGCUACAUGCUCAAGGCGCCCCUGACGCCGCCCGGGACCCCCGUCGUCAACUCCCUCGCCAAGCAGCGCGGCGCCUUGACGAAUAUCUUCCGCGCUUGCGUCGGCUUGGAGCCCGAGUCCGAUAUGACGCUUGAGCAUAAGCUGUUUUAA